AGAUUUGUGUUCAAACAAUUAUGUUCUUGUUUUCUUCACGUAGAACCAGCGCUCUACGCUCUUACACCAUAAUCAAGCAUUCUUGUUCUUAUUCGACUUUGGUUUCUGGUGGUAACAUCUUCUCGAUUCAACACCUUCAUUCUCUUCUGCAAAAAUAUGAAUCAAACCCUAGAAUCAUCCACCAGCUCCAUUCCCACUUCACUACUUCUGGGCUUCUUCUCCUUCAUCAGAAGCAAAAUUCUGGGAAACUUUUGCUAUUCAAUGCUCUGCUUCGAUGCUAUUCACUUGGCGAAACGCCUCUUCGGGCUUACUUUCUCUACGACCAACUCCAACGACUCCAUUUCUUGUCUGAUCACAGCAAGAGACUGUUGCCUCCUUUUGAUAGUUUCACUUACCUCUUUCUCCUGAAAGCGAGUUCGAAUCCGCGGUUCCCAUCUUUACUACUGGGAAUUGGACUCCAUGGGUUGACUCUAAAACUGGGUUUCGAAUUUCAUGUCUACGUGCAGACAGCUUUGGUUGGUAUGUAUCUUGUUGGUGGAAACAUGAUUGAUGCUUACAAAGUGUUUGAUGAAAUGCCUGAGAGAAAUCCGGUAACAUGGAAUGUGAUGAUCACUGGCCUGACUAAUUUGGGAGAUUUUGAAAAAGCUCUUUGCUUUUUGGAGAAGAUGCUGAAUCGGACGGUAGUGUCUUGGACCACUAUCAUUGAUGGGUAUGCACGAGUUAAUAAACCCAAGGAAGCUACACUUCUGUUUUCAAGAAUGGUUGCUUGCGAUGCAAUAAAGCCGAACGAGAUAACCAUUCUCGCCAUUCUCCCAGCUGUUUGGAACUUGGGAGACCUAAAGAUGUGCGGAUCAGUUCAUGCUUAUGUUGGGAAAAGAGGGUUUGUUCCAUGUGAUAUCCGUGUGACUAACUCUCUCAUCGACGCUUAUGCAAAAUGUGGGUGUAUUCAAAGCGCGUUCAAGUUUUUCAUCGAGAUUCCAAACGGAAGGAAGAAUCUUGUAUCGUGGACAACGAUGAUCUCAGCGUUUGCAAUGCACGGAAUGGGCAAAGAAGCGGUCAAUAUGUUCAAAGACAUGGAAAGAUUAGGAUUGAAGCCCAACAGAGUAACUAUGAUCAGUGUUUUGAACGCUUGUAGCCAUGGAGGUUUAGCAGAAGAAGAGUUUCUAAAGUUUUUCAACAAGAUGGUAAACAAGUACAAGAUCACACCGGAUGUGAAGCACUAUGGAUGUCUAGUAGAUAUGCUGAGAAGAAAAGGAAGACUAGAAGAAGCAGAGAAAAUUGCUUUGGAGAUUCCAAUAGAUCAAAAGGCCGUGGUUUGGAGAAUGCUGCUUGGAGCUUGUAAUGUAUAUGAUGAUGCUGAAAUGGCUGAGAGGGUUACUAGGAAGCUAAUGGAAUUGGAGAGAAGCCAUGGAGGAGACUAUGUGCUUAUGUCCAACAUCUUCUGUGGUAAUGGAAGAUUUUCAGAUGCCCAGAGAUUUCGGAAACUGAUGGAUGUUAGAGGAGUAGCUAAACUUCCAGGACAUUCACAAGUAACAUAGCAUUAAUUGUAGAUGUUGAUGGUUGACUAAAGAGCGAAGAAGUUGAAUUCAAUGGGAUGGGGUUGCUUGCAAA